UUGGCGGCCAUAUUGAAUAGUUUUUGACAGUUUUGCAUCUCAAGGUAGCUUAAAGAUUUCUAAAUGUCAUUUUAUAUUCGCAAGGAAUAAAAGUACUUUCCAAUCGGCUCGGGACGCUUGUCCUGCAUUUUAAUGCAUUCGUCUAAACCAGGAGAUGGACGAAGAUCAACGACAGAGGAAACUAGAGGCUGGGAGAGCGAAGAAGUCAUCAAACAUGCCACGGAAGCAGUCGCUUGCUAGCUUCCGACAGAAGCGGGCGAAGAGCCGCGGUGCGGGGGAGGCGAAAAAGGCGGCGAAGAGGACGGGCUCGGCUGUCGCGCAGGAUGACGGUGCGACGCAAGACUCCCGCAUAGUGCCGCCGCCGCCGCCGAGUCACAAUCAGCUGGAUGGGAACUCCAUACACGAGGAUGCAUUUAACCCCAAUAACGUGGAGGUCCAACGACGGAAGGAUGAGUUUCUCAGCACGGAGGCGAGCAUUUCCUCCGUGGGUGAACUGAGGGAUGAGGAGCUGCUUGCGCUAACCAGUCAAGAACAGUUGCAGGAUUUAAAGCAGGCCGUGGAGAAGCGUAAUGAAAUCAUUGCCAAGCUGAGCUCCAAACUGCAGGAGGCCCAAGCUAGUCGAGAUGAGGUCCAGCUGGAAGUGCAGUCCCUCGCCGGCAAGGUCCAGGCCUUACAGAAACAGCUCCAACAGACGAGUGUGGGCUUUCAACGCCUUAAAAAUCAGCCGGGCGCAGACCUCGGUGACAUCACUAAGAAGCAGCAGCCGUACAACUUUCACAAUGAGGACCUCAGCGUGGAAGAUACGUCAACAGAGCAGUCGGGAAGCGCCGACCUGGGCUCCCGAACCAGCGCCGAGGGAUUCAGCGACGAGACGGACGCCGCUCUGUCCGAGCUGAGGGCGGAGCUACAAGAGGAGAAGGACAAAUGCCUGCGCCUGUGUUUUGAACUGGAAAGAGAGAAGGAGAAUCACCAACAUGUGCUUUCGUUAAUGGAGGUUGAAAGAAAAGACCUGCAAACCCAGCUGAGCCAAGUCCGAAGUCACCGCCUAGAGGAAAAGGAGGUCCUCGACGGAGAGUUGCUGCAGCUGAGGAAGAAGCUUCAGGAGGAGGAAGAGUCACAGAGGAGUUGGCGCGAAGAGGAAGCGGCAGUCACCCGCCGUCUCCAAAAUUUGGAGGAUGAGCGACGAAGACAGCAGGAGGCUGUGACGAAGUUGAAAGAGGAGCACAGAGAAGAGCUGGAGAGAGUCAACCGGCUGUUGGAGGAGAGCGCAAAAGAAGUCGUGGGACUGAAAGCUUCCGAGAACCUCCAGAAUCGGGAUAAAGCUGGUUUUAGUUUUGCUGAGAUCACCAGCGCCGACAAAAGCAGUGGCGAAUCGGGGCCUGACCAGGACGCCAUGAAUGUAUCGUUAUCGAGAAACCUUCUAAUGGAGCGCUACUUUGCACAAUCUUCACUCGAUCACGUCACGCCUUGCAGUCAGAUGGACAUCGCUUCAGACCAAAGCUUUGAAUUGAACAGCGACGUCUUCUGCGACCAGCCUCUGCUGUCCAUCUCCAACUGCCCCCCCAAAGAGGACUCGGACGUCCACGACAAGUCCCCCGGCCUUUGCGCUGCCGAUAGUUCAAAUGCCCUUUGGCUUAACGACUCCGUUUUUGAACCAGUGGGGACGAGCGGCGUUUCCGAACAGCUUUUCAGAGGGACGGACCUCACCAAAGAGCUGCUGAGUCAACAGUGCGGGGAACUGCGUCGGGAGCUUUCUAUGAAGGACCAUGACUUAAAUGUGUUGCGAGAGGAAGUCUGCAAGACCACCGAAGAGCUGGAAGAGGCGAGGAGCAGGUGGGCUCAAGUUACAGAGGAGCUCAUGGAAGCCAACAGGCAGCUCGAGGAGGAGAAAGAGUGGAGGAGAUGCGCCGAGGAGGAGAUGAACUUGAAAAGUGGCCUUAAGAACAAAACGGCUGCCUUCCUUGAGGAAAAGGCUGCGGUAAACUCAGCGGAAACUUCCCUGCUGGUCACUUCAAUAGGGGAGACUCCUCUCCUGUCAUAUCAAAACCAACAGGAGAUGCUGGAAAUGUCUUUACCGGAAAUUAGCCGGAUUGAUGAUGAUACUUCACAUGCUGACAACUGUCUUCAAACACUGCAGGCAAAUUACAAAGAACUCAUGUCGGAGCUGGAAGAGACGAAAAGAAGGUAUCAAUCCACACAUGUCCUGCUGGACGAGAAGACUGUGGCGAUGGGUCAAACGGCGGAGGAGCUCCAAAGCACACGUGGCCAACUAUUAGGCGUCCAGGCGGAGUUAAAAAUCCUACAGGUAGAACUGGAGAAGAAGUGUAGCAGCUUGCAAAGUGCUGAGAAGCGGAGGAGUGAACUGGAAGCUGAAAUUGUCAACCUGGAAGAGGCCCAAGCUCUGGCAAACCGGGAGAAGGAUAAAUACUGGAGCAAAGAAGAGGAGCUGAGAGAACAGAUGAUGAAGAUGGAACAGGUUCUCAGCGAGGAGCUUGAAGACUUUGAGAACUUGCUGCAGGCCAAGGAUGCAGAGUUGGCUGAAGAGAGAGAGAAAUGGGAAGAUGAGAGACAAGAGAAGAACAAAGAAGUUCAAGAUGUGAGAGAUAUCCUUGAGGAACUGAGGAAGGAGCGUGAGGAGGAGGUGAAGGCCUUGAUGGAGAGGCAGGUCUUGGCUGUGGAGGAGGCUACGGAGAAGCUCCGGUCGUGCCACCAGCAAGAGAUGGCAGACCUCCUGGAUCAGCAUCAACAAGAGGUGUCAGAGUUGAACAGCCGCAUGGAAACCGAGCUGCUGGCACAAAAAGUGGCCAUGGAGCAGGAGCAGAAACGACAGAUCACCCUCAUUAAACAGGUAACCGAACGAGAGCAUGAGCGCACGGUGUCGGAGCUGAAGGAGAAACACGACGAGGAGCUCCAUUGGCUGAAGACGCAAGUCUCCACAGAGGUGACGGAGAGUCUGGAGGCUGCACACCAGGUUGAACUGGAACAGGCACGGGCCAAGCAAAGCCGUGACCUGGAAGCUUUGCGCCUGAGCCUGAUGCACCUCCAUUCGCCCCAGCUUGAGGUUUCCCAGGAGACCGCCCUCGCAAAAGUUCAGGCCUCUCUGCGGGAUCAGCACCAAUUGGAACUGGAGCACAUCAAAGAGGAGAAUGAGGCACAGCGGCAGCGACUCCGUGAGUUGCAUCAACGUGACAUGGAAGAGUUGAAGCUGAAGUUUGCGGAUGAGAAAGGUUCCAUGGAGGAGAGGCAGACGAAAGAGAUAAAUGCUCUACGGUCAGAGUGGGCAAGCGAAGCUGAAAAGACCCAGUCGAGACUCCAGCAAAGCCUUGUCAACACUCAGGCAGAACUCGCCAAAACGCAGGCUUCCCUUGCCCAGACCAGCCAAGCUUUAACCGAAGCCAAGGAGUCCUUGUGCCGCACUCGGACGGAGCUGCAGAAGUCAAAAGCACGCCUGGAGACUUUAGAGCUCUCCAGUCGGGAGGAAAAGCAGAAACGGGAAGAGGAACUAAAGCCGUCCUGUGCUGACAAUACCAUUGCUGCCUGUUCUCCGGAGGAGUCGAUGUCCAGCCACGAUGUGCUGCUUCAUGAGCGAGAGCAGCAAGUCCGCCAACUAGUGGAGAAGCAGAGGCAGCUGCAGGAAGAGCAGGUGUCACGCCUGCAGGAGGAGAAAGAUCUGAUGAAGAAGAGCUCUCGAGAAGAUGGCAUGAGAGCAAGCCGGCAAGAGCUUGGAGAGCUAAAGGAGCAGCUGCUGGUUCGUUCGUCCCGCGUGGACGACAUUGAGCGCCUCCAAGCAGAAUUUACCGAACAAAAGCGUGAAAUCAAAGAGCAGAAUGAGGCUGAACUGGAAAGCUUGAGGAGGUACUUUGAGCAGCGAUUGCGAGUGUCUGAGGAAAGCUAUCGAGAGGAAAUUGCUCUGCUCCAGCUGAAACUGGUGGAAAGUGCUUUGGAGGAGUCGCUGCUUAAAACAACAGACCGCAGCUUCGUAUCUCAAGAUCCCGCUGAAGAGGAAAUGGAUGACAUGCGAUGUGACACCAGCCUUGAAGUGGACAAACAAAAGAAAAUGCUUGACGCUCAUAUGGAGGACAAACAUAUCCUCGAGCUCAGUGACCUACAAUCAUCCUUUAAGGAAGAACUGCAGCAGGUUCGUUCAGAUCUCGCGGACCAUUAUUACAGUGAACUGCAAGCGGUGAAGAAUCGCCAUUCCCUGGAGCUAGAGCAACUCCGAGCCAAACUUUCUGACCGUCACAUACAAGAGAUCACUUGUGUCCACAUGGAGGUGGCGAGACAAGUCGAGGUGGAGGUUGAACUGCGGUUAUGGUGCUGCACCGAGGAACUGCACACCAGCUUGACCCUCAUCCACAACCUGGAGAACACGCUGGCCGACAUGAACAAAUGCAACGCGGAGCUACGCAUGACGAUCGAAAAGCUGAAAAGGGAGUUUGACCAAGAGCGCGUCAGCCUCAAGGAAGCUCUGACGCAGCAAGGCGAGGCGGAAAUGAGGAAGAUGAGAGACGAGCACGAAGCCGAGCUGUCCAUCAUCAAGACUGAGAUGGAACGAGAGAAGAUGCGCUCGCAAAAAGGUUUCUCAGAGGAGAAGGAAAAGACUCCGAAGAGCGAAUGCCCCCAAGCUCUUAAAACUAAGCAUGAAGUGGAGCUACAACAGGAGAAGAGCAGCACGGCGAAGGAAAUGAAAGAGCUCACGGUUCUACUCCAACAGCAGGCUGAGGAGCGACUGAAACAUGCCCAGGACCGAUUUGAGGAAGAAAAAGCAGUGUUAGAGCAGUAUUUAGCACAGAAGAAUGAAAUCUCUCUGGCAGAGCUGCGGAACAAACAUCACACUGAGAUGGAGCGUGAACGAGCAGCCCUCGCGGACAAACACUCCAAAGAGAUGGAGUCUCUCAACGCCAAACACAAAGAGCAACUGGACUCGCUCUGCACCAGGCACGGGGACCAGCUUGCGUCUUUGACUACCCGACUACAGUCGGAGCACAAAGGCCAGCUUGAUGCUUUGGAAGCGGCCCUCAAUUCCAAGCGCAAGGAGGACCUGGAAGCCCUCGAGGCCGUUUUUCAAGAAACCAGUCAGGCCCAGCUGGAGGCUCGAGAAGCGGAGCUGGCUCGGAAGCACCAGGAAGAGACGGAUGAAAUCGAAAAGAGGAUGCUCAGCAAUAUGGACACCUUGGAAGCCGCGUACCUAAAGGAAGUACACGCACUGCGGGAUGAAAUGGUGCAACUGGAACAGAGGCACCAUCAAGACCUCAGCGGUCAAAAGGCGGAGCAUCAGCACGUGAUGCAGCAGUACGCCGUGGCGCAGGAGGCUGUCAGAGAAGAGCAGCGAAAGGAGCUCGCUCAGAUGCACCUGGACAAGUUUAGGGCCUUGGCAGCCGAGCUCAGCCAAGUUCACCAGACUGAACUAUCUGCUCAAAAAGAGUCACUGGAUGCCGAACACUGCAAAGCUCUGGGUACCCUGAAGGCGCAGGUUUUAGAACUGGAGCAGCAACACAGCACUGCUCUUCAGGAGCUCACACAGGCCUACACCACUGAGAAAGAACAACUCCAACAACAACACCAACUCCAGCUACAGGAGCUUAAAGGAGCCUCCGCGCGGGAACUGGAGGCAUGUCGUCGGGAGCUUGAAGAGUCGUCAUCCAGGCAACGGCAGCACUUCCUGGAGGAGGUGGAGAUCCUCAAAAUCCAAUCGGGAGAGCUGUUGCAAGACAAGAUUCAUAACCUGAAGGUUGAGAAGGAGGCGGAGCUUGAGGACCUGCGCCAGGCCUUGAAGUCUGAACAGGAAGAGAAGGAGCGCAACUACACCAGCAAAAUGAGUCAGCUCACCGCACAACUGCAGCAGCUUGACGCUGUGGUUGCACAGUUGCGGGCAGAGAUUGGCUGCCUGCAGGGAGAGUUGGAGGGAAAGCGCGCUGAGAUGGAGACCCUGGACACUCUCCUUCAAAGACGCGAGCGUGAGAGUCAGGAGGGAGGCAACCUUCUCAAAAUGCUCACCGAUGACUUGCAGACCGCUAAAGAGGAGAGACAUAAACUGCACCAGGCCAAUGACAAGCUGAAGAAGGUACUGAUUGAGAUGCUUCGUAGCACAGUUGCUACUGAAGAGCUCAUCGGCAAAAAGGUUAACACCAGAAGCAACAUCUCUGAGGAAGCUACUCAUCGGAGGAGCUCAUUAGGGAAGAAUGAUGUACAAGAAUCAGGCAUUUCGGUUGCAGAUCUGUCUCUGCCUGAGGACUUGGAGCUUACACACCAACUUUGCGAGAGUCUGCUUGUUUCGGACACGCAUAUUAACCCUGGAGGAGAGGAGGCAGCCAUGAAUGCCUGCAAUCGACUGCACCAUACAGUCGAUACACUCCUGGACUUGCUAAACCAGGCCAAUGCACAGCUGGAGCAGACGCAUCACGUCCACUUGUCUCUGGAGGAGAGGUUCGCUCAAGGCCAAGAGGAUUCGGCCCAAUUGCUCAAGCAGCACAAUCUCUUGUUGCUUCAGAUUGAGCAGGAGGUCAGGUUGAAGAGUCAGCUGGAGCUGGAAUUCCACAAGGCUGAGGGGCUCCUGGAGGGUUACGUGGCUGACAAGGCCGGUCUGGAGGAGGCCCUGCUGCAGAAGGAGGCGCAGGAGGAGCGCCUAGUGGAGGAGCUGGAGGACCUCCGGAGGAAGGCGCACCAGACGGAGGGUCUCUGCGCUGAGCUGGAAAACCUGCGGGCCAAACACCAGGAGUUGAGCGAGGAGCACGCCGCACUCCUGCGCCAAAAGGAGCACCUCUCCGCCGGCCUCGGGGAGAGGGAAAAAGGUCUUUUGGCAGAGACAGAGCGCCUUACUCAGGACCGUCUGGACCUACAGCGGCAGGCUGAGAAGGACCACAGCUCUCUGUCUCAGCGCCUCCGGACUCUGGAGAGGGAGCUGGAGGAACAAGAGAUGAAGGGCCAAGAGGAGCUACUGCACCAUAAGAACCAUGUAGAAGACCUCAGCCAGCAAGUGCAAGCGCUGGAGAAACAGCUCAAGCACAAUCGACAGUUCAUCGAGGAACAAGCCGUUGAGCGCGAGCACGAGAGAGAUGAGUUCCAGCAGGAGAUCCGACGACUGGAGAGUCUGCUCAGGCAGAUGGCCGGUGGCGACGUCAAAGGGCAUAGGUUUGAGGACUUGGUUUUGCAGGUGGAGAGUCUGCAAGCCAUCAUCAAAGACAAGUUGGAGGACCACACCUCCUUGGCGGCGGCCAACCAGCUGGCACAGAGAGAGCUUGCCGAACGCAACGAAGAGAUCGACAAGCUAGCUGUGCGAAUCCGCGAGUUGGAGCAAGCGCUGCUCAGCAGCGCCGAGUGUAACGGAGCCGUGGGCCAACUGGAACAGGAACUCCACCGCGCCAAGUUGAGGGAAGAGGAACUCACGCAAGAUAAGCAGGCACUGGAACAGCAGCAGUUGUCCAAUAGACUUCAGAUAUCUGCGCUGCAGUCCAAACUGGAUGAGACGAGACACUGUUACCAUAACAGCACGUGGGAACCGACCCAGGAGCUCAGGGAUGCUCUGGACGCGGCACAGCAAAGCCUUCAAACCAAGGAGCAAGAGGCGGAUGUUUUACUGGGUCAACUGGACAACGUGCAGAGGGACUUGAGCAUUAAGGAAGCAGAGCUGAAACACCUCACGCUCCAGCUAGAGCGACUCACCAGUGAGAACGCAGCACACGUUAAUGAGCUCCAGGAGCAGAUUGAGGCCCUCAAGCAUGUGCCCGCCCGUAGCAUUCUGGCAGAGGAAAAAGAGGGACAAAGAACGGUGGAAGAGCAGAAAGAGGAGAGCCUCCCCUUUGCUCUACUGGAGGAGAAGAACCACGAGAUUGACCACCUCACCGCUGAGAUUCAACGGCUGCAAGAGGAGCUGGGGGAUACCAACAAGAAGGAUUUGGAGGCCAAACUCCACGACCUGAGCUCCCAAGUGGAACAUCUCCGGUCCGAAAUCGCCAGGUUGCGCCAGGACAGUCGGGACGAAGAGGAGCGCCUCCAUGAGGUCAUCAGCACACUGCAGGCGGAGCUCUCUACGCUCGGGCCCAACGUGUGCGAAGUGAGCGACUCGCAGGACGGCGACAGCAUCAAUCCCUCGCCGACUCCCAGCCCCGAGCCUCAAGGCGGGCCCAGCAGCCUGAAGUACGAACUCAGCUUGACUCACUCGACCUCUUCUCGGCCCCUACGCUCACGCCUCAAGGCUCUUCAGAGUCAGCUGGAGACGGCAGCGGCGGAGAAGGAGGCCUUGGAGCGUUUGUUGCUGACCCAGGAGGAGGAAUACAGAGGACACGGCGAAGAAUUUGGCCGACGGAUGAAGGCGGAGCGGGAGAAAGCGGACGAGCUUCGAGGCCUGCUCGCUCUCAAGGAGGCCGAGUUGGUUGGCAUCGAGGAGGAGAGGAGUGCUUUCAGACUGCAGGUGGAUGCCCUGCAAAAAGAGAGAGACCACCUCAGCAUUCUGGUUACUCAACUUCAACAGAAGGAGCAAGACUUACUGAGAGAAAUUGAGGGUUUAAAAACCCAAGAACAAGAAAUGAAGACCCACAGCCUGACUCUAGAAGCACAAGUCCAGAGGCUACAAGCCGAAGUGGCCGUCGCCGAGAACCAGCCCAGGGUGGACACGGCUCUCGAGACCGCCAGGGCAGAGCUGUCGGAUGAACGGGAGGCACUGAGGAAGAGGGAGGGGCAGCUCCAAGAGGAAAUUGAAAGGCUCAAACAAGAAGCCGCCACACUGACGACCCGCGUUGAGGAGCUCACUGCUCGGCUCCCGGAACAACCGACUAGUCAAGAGGAUGCUCAAAAUGAACUGUUGACCCAUGCUGAGGAGACUCUGGCUAAAACCGAUGCCGCCUUAAGGCUGAGGGAGACAGAGCUGGCGAGACUCGGGGCAGAGCUACAGGCCCUGAGGGAGGAGUUGACCACUGUGAAACAAGACUUGAGCAACAGCACCCAAAGAGCUGAAAAACUAUGUGAAGAAGGACGGAGCAAAGACCGUGCCGUGGCAGACCUGGAGAACGACAACCGGCUGCUGAAAGCGGAGCUCGAACGCCUACGCGAGGACCUGAACGUGCAGGAGGAGACGCUGGUGCACCAGGAAAGAGAGCUUCAGCAAACCAGACUGCGUGGUUGUCAACCAGACAUGCUUGCUUACCAUGAGGGAAGCUCGUACAGGGAUGUUUCUCAGAGGGCUUUCGACGACAUAAUGAAAGUCUACCGUGACAGCAUUUCUCUGAGCUCCCCGGAGGUGUUACAGCACCUGGAGUGUUCCGAAGAAUUCCUCCAAGAACGCUUUCCCGCAUCCAUCCUGGGCUCUCGUCUGUCUGAGCUGAGCGCUCUUGAGCUGGACCACCCUCGGGCCAACGAGUCCCCAGUGGUGGCAAUGGUGCCACCUCUUUCCAGGACCAUCACUCCGGACCUGAGCACACAGAGCAGCCACUCUCCUCGAUCUCUCUCCGUCUCCGACAACUUCUCCGUUGUGGACUCUGUCAGUGCAGCUAAAAUGUGUGAUUUGGAAGGACUUGACCGAACGGCACCCCCCUCGCCGUUGGGCUCCGCCUCCUCCAUAUCGGUGCAAGAAUGGGCAAGCGAUGGCUACGGCAGCAACGUGAGCUCCGAGCUGGGCGCAAGGCUGCGAGUGGAGCUGGACCAGACCGAGAGACUGGACGCUGAGUUUGUGGAGUAUCUCCGCUGCCGAGGCAUGAAUCCUACCGCUAAUACUGACAGCGCUGCGGGAAGCAUGAGCUACAGCGAUGACCUCUUGUCUCCAGAACUUCAGGCCCUGUUGAGGAAAGUGUACCAAGAAGCCUGCCGACUACUGACCUUGUCCCAGCGUCGGGCCUCGGCCUCGUUCCAUCCGUCAUAUUUGGCGGAAUUAAACUCACCCCCGCAACUGCAGGAGGGAGAGCAUCCUGCUCUACUGGGUCAGGGGGACAACCCUCCCAUGGGCUGGCAGGAGGAGAAAAGGGCCCUGCAGAAGACCGUGAUCACGCUACGGGAGCUGCUUUGCCGAAUGGCACAGAGACAUGCCCCCACUGACUCCAGAGGUGACGCUGACAGGGAGCAUCUACAGGCAGAAUCCCAAAACCGAUCAGAGCUGGAAGAGACGCAGAAGCAGCUGAAAUAUGCACGCGAGACGCAGCUGGAGCAAAAGAACAAAAUAAAGGCACUCGGGUUGACCGUAGAGGAAUGCGAGGAGACUUUGACGAAGGAACGGGCGCUGGUCCAGGAGCUGAAGCAGCAGCUGGAACAAGAACGAGCUCUCAAUGCGCGGCAAGAAAAUGAAGUGGAGCAAAGACUAGAGGUCAUGCGAGUGUCUUCCGAACAGCAGAGGGCCGAGAUGCAAUCCCUUCAGGGUCUCGUGGAGCAGGAGACGGUGGCCUGCAGCAACCUGAGACGUGAGCUCCAGAUCGAGCAGUCCCGCAGUGUGGUGCUCGAGAAGCGUUUGGACGACUUGCAGAAGAAGCUCGAAGACGAGCGCCAGCACUCGGCCGAGCAACGCGAGGAGAACACCCGCCUCGAACGCCUCUUGAACCAAUCGGAAUCCCGCCUGGCCGAAAUCCGCUCCGAGCUGGCCGACUCCCACCGGGCGCUGGACGGAGAGCUCGAACGCCGCUCCAAACAAAUGGACGACAUCAACCGCAGACACGAAAUCGACGGCGCCCGAGACAGGAAGUUCAUCUCUGACUUGCGCUCGCAGCUGGAGGAGGAGCGAAGGCGAGGGGAGGAAAUGGCGGCCUUGGCGGACAAACUGAGAGCGGAGGUCUUGGAGAGCAGGAGGAGACUGGAUGAGGACAAAAUCCGUGAGGAGGCUUUGAGGGAGCAGAAAAGGAAGGUCGACUCUGCUUUGGAGGCGCACCGUGCAGAGCUCAGUGAACUGAAGGACAGGAUGCAACUUGUGAAGAAUAAGGAGAGAGAAUGGGAGAGGAAACACCAAAAGAGCUUGCGGGAGCAGAUGGAGAGGGAGAGAAGGCAGGAGAGCACCAAUAACAAACUGCGCGACUUGGAGUUGUUGAGGCAGCAAGACGGGCAACGCAUGGAGGAGCUCCAACGCACUUUGAGCAAGCUCCAAAGAGAGCAGCGGGACAUGGCCGCUCAGAGGAUGUCGGGACAGAGCGCCGACGCCGCCAACGCCGAUGUCCAGCCCUCACAACAUCGCCAGCAGGAGGCGUCUACUCCCUCGUCCGGCUUGGAGAAAAUCUUGAGCAAGAAUGCCGAGUUGACUCAUACUUUGAGAUCUCUGAGCCAAGAGAAGAUCGCCCUCAAACAUAAAGUCACCUGCCUGGAACGCCAGCUGUACCGUGCCGAGAAUGAGCUUGCUAAAGUACCCAUCGAGAGUGAAAACAUACCGAUCAGCGAAAUGGCCCCCAGCAAGGUGCAGCGUUUAUACGAGCGCUACCUGCGCGCCGAGAGCUUCCGGAAAGCUCUGGUGUACCAGAAACGCUACCUGCUCCUGCUGCUUGGAGGAUUCAAGGAGUGCGAGCAGGCCACCCUGUGCCUGAUCGCCACCAUGGGGGCGCGGCCGUCGCCGCUGCCUCCCUUCCGGAGGCCCCUCGGAAGAUUUCGCUCAGCGGUCCGAGUGGUCAUUGCCAUCUCGAGAAUGAAGUUCCUAACCAGGAAGUGGCACAAAGCCAUCAGGCGAUUACCUGGCUGCGCAACCGUUAACGUCCACGCUCCAGGGUUGAAAGGCGAGGUUUUAAGAGAGCAGCAGCAGCAGCAACAACAUCAGCGGUCUCGUUUGAAUUCCGAGUCUCCACCAAACCGAGACACGGCAUCUGCUCUCGUCUCGCCCGGCAAAUCACACUUCAGGUUGCACAACAGGUCCUGGUCCAGCUCAACUCAGGCUUCCGCGGCAAUGUCUCAAGAGCCAGAAAAGUCUCUGACUGAAUACAUCAACCACCUGGAGAAGGUCCAGCAUCGACUGGUCGGUUCCAAGCCAGCAGACAAAAUUAGUCCCACCCAGAAACAUGGGAUGGACUUCACAGAUGGCCUGUUCCCCCGAUAUGAUUGGCUAUCGGCAGCGCUGGCUACGGGAGAACAGGACGCGGCUGUACCUGAGCUGCUUGUCACCUCUUUACCUGCACAGCCCAGUGGAUGGAUCUUUGAUGGCAGCACGGUGGAUGACUGGUUAGCAUAUGCCCCACACAGUUCAGAGGUCGUGAGUUCCAAUCUGGGCUGCGGCCUGCCUGUGUGGGGUUUGCACGCUCUCCCGGUGCCUGCGUGGGUUUACUCGGAGUACUACAAUUUUCUUCCACAUACCAAAAUCAUGCAUGGUCCUUCUGUUCUCCAGGAUGACCCCAAAAAGUGUGACCACUGAGACCGUCCGUCAGUAUCUCCUGUGUUUGCAGCUGUCUUUGCCUUAUGUCAAUGUAAUAUCCAAAAGUGUGUUUUAUACAUGUACAUAGUGUUUAAUUUUGUGAACAAAGUAUUUUUCAAGCUUUUAUAUCAUUUUUUUAAUAUGUAUCAGGUCAGGUAUGACGGUCAAAUUACUUUUUCCCCACUUGUUUUAAUAUUGUAGUGUUCUGCAUCAUCAAAUGCAUGGGGGGGUUUUGUUUUGAAAAGUCCUUGAGCCAUACAUGCUGGUUGUACGUUGUUCUGGCCAUUUUAUAUUAAUGUUUCUACUGUUGUAAUAAUAAAUAAUUUUAAAUGUGA